UUAUGUGUGUGUGUGUAUUUCCACUUGAUAUUGCAGAUACAAUCAACGGACUCUUCUCCCAUUCAUAUGGUAUUUUCGGAUAUUCAAUAUGUUUACGAUUAUAUUUCCGCUGGUAUUGAAAGCAACAGGGCGUAUGGGCGGAGCUUCACCGAGACCAUUUCUAAGUGCACGGCGCGCACGUCGUCGUGGAGGACGGUAAUAAGAACCGCGACCCGCCAGGCUCGUCCCCGGACCGCCAGGAUACGUUGGAGAACCGGGACCGACCCAGGCCGGUGUGGGGGGAGAGCUCAGCUGCUGCUGCGACCCCGAUAUCUGUCUUAACGUCUCACUGAGAGACGGAAGUGGACAGUCCCACGCGACAUUGUGUCCCGCAGCCUCCGUCAAGAGUGAUUACACGCGGGUUUGUGCGCCCGGUUAUAAGCGGCCAUCAUGGAGGACGAGCUGAUGAUGUUCAGCAUGGAGGAGGUGGGAAGCGCCAAGAGACCCCCGGUGCAACGAAGUGGCUUCACCCAUCGGGCCUCUUCCCUCAGUGAAUCCAACGCCAGUGACGACGACUACGAGGACCACUUCAUCUGCCCCAUCCUGGACGACUCCGCCAAGGAGAUCUCUCAUUACCUGAAGAAUGCGGUUAACGCCCGGCAGCUGUCAAACUCUCUUCCCAGGAGCCACUUCAAGUACAGGAAUGAAACCGAAAAGGUGGCCGAACUUCACCCGUACACGGUUUUGUCUCCGAGCGCACGGGAUCUUUGGAAACACGCGAUCGAAAAGGCCAAAGCUAUGCCCGACCCGUGGGCUCAGUUUCACAUGGAGAAGAUCCCGACUGAACCCUGCAUGCGUUACAGGUACAAUGCCAUCACCGGAGAAUGGGCUCAAGACCAGAUCCACCUCAAGAUGGCUGAGCAGCCGUUUGGGAAAGGGGCCAUGAGGGAGUGCUUCAGGACGAAGAAGUUGUCAAAUUUCUCACACAGCAGCAACUGGAAGUCGGCAUCUAAUUACGUGUCCAAGCGUUACAUGGAGACGGUGGACAGGAACGUUUACUUUGAGGACGUCAGGCUGCAAAUGGAGGCCAAACUGUGGGGAGAGGAGUACAACCGCCACCGACCGCCCAAACAGGUGGACAUCAUGCAGAUGUGUGUGAUCGAGAUGACAGACAGACCAGGUAAACCUCUCUUCCACCUGGAACAUUACAUCGAGGGCAAGUACAUCAAAUACAACUCCAACUCCGGCUUCGUGAGGGACGAAAACAUCCGACUCACCCCGCAGGCCUUUAGUCACUUCAGUUUUGAGCGAUCGGCCCACCAGCUGAUCGUGGUGGACAUCCAAGGGGUCGGAGAUCUCUACACGGACCCUCAGAUCCACACGGAGCAGGGGACGGACUUUGGAGACGGAAAUCUGGGUGUGCGAGGCAUGGCGCUGUUCUUCCACUCCCACCUGUGUAACAAGAUCUGCAAGAGCAUGGGCCUGACGCCCUUUGACCUUUCCCCCGCAGAGAAGUCCCAGCUGAACUGCACCAACAAACUGCUUAAGUCGGCCCAGACGGUGCUGCGGGGCUGCGAGGAGCCCUGCGGUUCCCCUCGCGUUCGGACCAUGUCGGGAAGCCGGUCGCAUCCGAUGCUGUCCCGCCUGUCCGAGACGUCUUCUGUGGACGAGAGCCCGAGCGACCCGGACUCCGUGCCGUGCUCCCCUCUCACGAUGGCCUGCUCCCCGCUGGCUGCACACGGGUUCAUGGGGAGGUCGCCUCUCGGCUUUUCGUUUACGGGAAUGGGCGAACACGAACGAGCGAAUAAUAACAACCACGGUGAAUACAAGGAGUCUGAUAGCGGCGGAGACAGCGGGUUCCCCAGCGAGAGGAGGAGCGAAGGAGACCCCAACGACCACGUAGACGGGAGGAAGAUGGUGGCUCCUUCAAGAGCCGCUGCAGAAUUCAAUUCUUAUAAUUCUGACAGCGAAUGGCUGACGGACGAGAAGUGGAGCUUCUACCAUUCGUCCCGCGCUCACGUCCACCGGUCCUCCUCGGUGGCCACCGAGGUGGAGCGACUCAACGCUCUCGUGCAAAAGAAGAUCGGCCAGUCGAUCCUCGGGAAGGUGCACCUGGCGAUGGUGCGGUACCACGAAGGGGGUCGCUUCUGCGAGAAGGACGAGCAGUGGGAUCAGGAGUCGGCCAUGUUGCACCUAGAGAGGGCCGCGCUGUGCGGAGAGCUGGAGGCCAUCGUGGCCAUGGGGCAGUGCUGUCUGCAUCUGCCUCACCACAUCCUGCCGGAAAUGGAGCUGGAGGAUAACGCUGGAAACAAGAUGAAAGGUUUUAAAUAUCUGCUGCUGGCUGCGGAGGCCGGCGACAGAUCUUCUAUGAUCAUAGUGGCCAGAGCCUUCGAUACGGGGAUCAAUCUAUCAGCUGACAGAAAGCAGGACUGGGGGGAAGCCAUCCACUGGUAUGAAAGUGUGUUGAACAUGACGGACUACGACGAGGGAGGGGAGUUCGAUGGGACGCAGGACGAGCCUCGCUACCUGCUGCUGGCCAGGGUGGCGGAGAUGUACCAAGUGGGAGGCUACAACCUCACGGCAGACCCACAGAGAGCAGGUGAUCUGUUUACACAAGCAGCAGAAGCUGCCAUGGAGGCCAUGAAAGGUCGAUUGGCUAACCAGUACUACGAUAAGGCCGAAGAAGCCUGGGCGCUAAUGGAGGAGUAAAUUUGGUUCCACGGUUUUAUUACAUAGAGGCCAAGGGAGUUAAUCUGAACAUAUACAACCUAAAUGUAUAGAGUUUACAUAUUUUUAUUGUAUUAUAUUGUGUGUGUGUGUUUUUAACCUUCUAGAAUGGAGCUUAAAGUUUCUGGUUUCUGUUUUUUCCGUUUCGGUUUUAUUUAAUUCCCUGUCUCUGAUGUGAAGUGAAUGUGGUUGCAUAAAAGAGAAGGUCUGAAAGAUCAAAACAAAGUAAAUAGGUUACUUACUCUGCUCUUCAUUCAUGUUGGAAGAAUGCAUGUUUAAAAAUUGGGGUAUAAAAUAAUUAAAUAAAGUUUGCUUUUUUUGGGUAAACACAUGUAACUAC